AUGUCCGGAGCCCUUGCCGUCCUGCAGAUGAAGGAGGAGGGUGUCCUCAAAUUCCUUGCUGCAGGCACCCAUGUAGGUGGCACCAACCUUGACUUCCAAAUGGAACAGUACAUCUACCAAAGGAGAAGUGAUGGCAUCUCCAUCAUAAACCGGAAGAGGACCUGGGAGAAGCUUCUGCUGGCUGCUCGCGCCAUUGUGGCCGUUGAAAACCCUGCUGACGUCAGCGUCGUCUCUUCCAGGAACACUGGCCAGCGCGCUGUGCUGAAGUUUGCUGCGGCCACUGGAGCUGCUCCAAUUGCUGGGCGCUUCACUCCAGGAACCUUCACUAACCAGAUCCAGGCAGCCUUCUGGGAGCCACGGCUUCUAGUGGGGACUGACCCCAGGGCUGACCCCCAGCCCCUCACAGAGGCCUCUGACGUUCACUUGCCCACCAUUGCUCUGUGUCACACAGAUUCUCCUCUGCGCUACGUGGACUUUGCCAUCCCGUGUAACAACAAGGGAGCUCACUCCGUGGGCCUGAUGUGGUGGAUGCUGGCCCGGGAAGUUUUGCGCAUGCGGGGCACCAUUCCCUUGGAACACCCGUGGGAAGUCAUGCCUGAUCGCUACUUCUACAGAGACCCAGAGGAGAUUGAAAAGGAAGAGCAGGCCACUGCUGAAAAGGCUGUGCCCAAGGAAGAGUUGCAGGGCGAAUGGACUGCUCCUGCUCUCGAGUUCACUGCUGCUCAGCCCGAGGUGGCCGACUGGUCUGAGGGCAUGCAGGUGCCCUCUGCGCCGAUCCAGCAGUUCUCCACUGACUGGAGCGCUCAGCCCACAACUGAAGACUGGUCCACAGCUCCCACUGCUCAGGCCACUGAGUGGGUAGGAACAACCACUGAGUGGUCCUAA